CGGCGAGGCCUGGCCGAGCGGGGCGGUGAGCGGAUCUACCUUCUGUCUGGUUUAUUUUAGCAGUUGGUUUUGUACACCAUCUAAAACCACAAGGCUGUGACCACAUAUACAAUUAACCAGUAUUCUUGAGAGCAUUAGAGGAGAAGAAGGGUGCACUCACUAUGGCUGCCGAGUUGGAUUUCUCCCCACCUGAAAUCCCUGAGCCCACAUUCAUGGAGAAUGUGCUACGCUACGGACUUUUCUUCGGAGCCAUUUUUCAGCUUAUCUGUGUGCUAGCCAUAAUCCUGCCAGUUUCAAAGUCCCAUAAGACAGACUCGGACAGUUUUGAGCCUAAGAAUUCAGAGACAGUGAAGAAGCCAAAGGCAACUGCUCCACAGAUAAGCAAGAAACCCAAGAAGGAAACCAAAAAGAAACGAUAAAGGCAUGACCGAUGAGCCUCAAAAGACAAAAUAAUCACCUGUAAUGCUUCCUCGGAGAUGACAUCAAAGGCAACUAGCUAUAUUAAAUGGUUUUCUAGCAUUGCCAUGCUUUACCUUUUGGGGACAAGGGAGAAGGAACUUACUAGAGUGAAAGGGGUGGGGUUCUGCCAUAGUUUUCUUACAAGCAAAGAGGAAUUCACAUGUCCAGGACUUCAUUUGACAUCAUUAAUGUGUCAGUCACCAUUAAAGUGACUUCUGUCAUUUCUGAUGGGUAGAGAGGGCUGUUGUCCUAGCUCCUCCAUGCUGGCUAGGAUUUGUAGUAAAGUCCCUGUGGAAGGUGGAGCAUGGGUUUGCUACUUUGGAUACUGGUUUGUGUUGUAUUUUUUGAAGGCAGAGGGAUCAAAUGGAUCAAGGAUACCACACUACACGGCUUUGUAUUCAUCUCUAUUGUCGUCUAGUCUGAAAUACAUAGCUGCAUUUUAUGGUUUAAUAAUAAUGUCUUUGUCAUAUUCUUUAAUUCUUUAGGUAAUAACUCAUCAGAUUCCAGACUGCUGUAGAUGAAAGCUUUCAUUUCCCCAGCGUCGCUACCUCUUUCUUACUCCCCACCCAUGCACUUUUCCUUUCCAUUCCCACCCUUGAAAGCAGGUGCAUUUCAGGGAAUUGAGGCUAUGGUGGGGACUGCAAUGACUACAAGAAUUAGGGAAUGAUGUGAUUCUGGAAGGUACGGAAUUUAAUGCCUGUGCUAAUGGGGUGCUCUUGGAAACUUGGGAAGACCAAUUACUGCACGUUGGAGAAAAGCUGCUCUGAGGCGGGAGUCUCAGAGUGCUGCGUUGGUCAUGUAUCGAACAGCACUGCCUCGCUGUACUGUUGAUAAACCCUCCUGUCAGCUAGCCACGUCCUAACCGUGUGCUCCAUUUCAACACAGCUGGGGUUUGUUGCAUUUGCAAACUCCCUCCCAGCCUUACCUGCUAUAGUUUGCUGCAUCUCCUCUUGCUGAAUUCUUCCUGAAGUUAAAUACAAUCUCAGCCUGAGGAGAUGUGGUAUUUUAAGAUCCAAGGGAUGGCAAGCUGGCUGUGUAGCAUGACUAUAUGGCAAGAGACAUAUACACUAUGUUCCUUCAGGCUCUGGCUUUCCAGGCCCAGGGACAAUCUAGUAUUAGAUUUAAAUAUGGCUAGACAGGACUGGAAAGUGAUAGGUGGUGACGUAGCCACAGAGUCUCUGUAGGGCAGCUCGAGCUUCCUGAUGCCAGCUCACAUCUUGGUUUGUUUGAUCACGAAUGAGUCAAUGGGAGGAGAACCUGCUCUUUUAGACGCACCCAGCAUUCAGAGCAGCUUUGAAGGAAAGGGUUCUCUUUGGCAGGGCUGCAAGUCUGCGAUCCUUUUUGCAUACAUAGACUCCCAUCCUCAAUUCACAAAUGCCUCAUGAGCCCAGAUAUGGUAGCAGUGUUGUGCUGCGUGUUCUUUAAGAGGAGUUGAAGAACACGUUUACAGAAACCAUCAGUGCUGAGAACGGCCAUGUUCUCUCCUCACUCUUGCUUUAGGCGGGUGAGACCGAUGGAUCCCAGUACCAGUUUGAUUCUAACCUCUCAGUGCUUCCCUGCUCCAGGCUCUCUGCUUCUCUUAACCAGAGUGCUGACACCAAGUUGCACUUCUUAAAAUCCAUCUUAGAGCUCUGCUUUAAAUUCAGCAUUUUCUUCUUUUUUUUUUUUUUUAGCUACAUAAAGGCAAUACUAGGAGGACAGAACAAAGCGUGGGAGACACAGACACUUUAACAUUGCUUUAAGCUCUCAGUACAAGGAAACAUUACAAAAACUUCCCACGCAAAUAACAAAGAACAAUAUUGUGCUAUGAGUUUCCAUUUCGGACCUGUGUUCCUGUCUGUGAUCUGCAGGGGAAAGAAAAGCAUUGCCACUGCCCUGGAUAGGUACUGCAGAUCACUUCUUCCAUUUUAAUAAAUGAAGAAGGUGGUGGUUUUAUCUAACAACUCUGGCUUUCUGCAGGUUACCUAAAAGGGGGGUUUAAUGCUUUAACGGAAUUGCAACUGUUGAAAGAGUAGCACACACAUUACCUGAAAUACAGGAGCACUUCUACAGCUAAGAACCAGUUAGCAAUGAGCACUGUGUGGUUGUUACCUGAAAUAGCAGGCUACUACAUCUACAUCUAGCUAUUUGCUGGCUGGCUUACUCACUGCUAAUGAUAUUGGAUAUUGCAGGUUGUUUUUGUUGGGGGGAAGAGGGAUUAAGAUAAAUUUCCCAGUCUGUUCCU